AUCACCACAAGUCCACAACACAAGCAAACACUCCGGCAUAGCAGAGCUAGAGAUAAAGAGAUCGACAUGAUGUUCCCAUCACCAGGGGGUGCGGCGAUGGCGCUGGCCCACGGCCAAGCAGCUUCCACGGGCGCAACGACCGCCGGCGGCACCGCGACCGCCAUAACCUUCAGCUUCCAGCCCUCCGAUCCUCCUGUGAACGGCGGCCUCUCCCACCACCAUAGCCUCCUAGGUUACAGCCCCCUCGUACUAGACCACCCAACCACCACUACUUCCUCCUCCACCAUCCCUACCGCCGCUCCCACACUUCACCACAUCCAUGCUCAUGCCGGAGCCAUCCAUCCUGCAAGGUCAUCCCCUCCACAUCCAUGGUCUUGCGAGGAAGCUGAUCGAGAAAGGCAGAGGGGGAAGGGCGCGGUGGCAGGCAUGGGGAUUAACAGCGCGGCGGCCGGCGGAAGUGGAGGUGGUGAACGGUCACACGGGUCGUCGGCGGCGGCUGCGGGGAUGGGGGUCGGCGCGGUGAGGAUGAAGAAGGCGGCGGGGGGAGGAGCGGUGAAGGCGCGGCGGAAGGUGCGGGAGCCGAGGUUCUGCUUCAAGACCAUGAGCGACGUCGACGUGCUCGACGACGGCUACAAGUGGCGCAAGUAUGGCCAGAAGGUCGUCAAGAACACGCAGCACCCACGGUACGCACUGUACAUCGAUAUAGCUCCUCCAACCCUCGACGUGACGCACAUAUACAUACGCUACAUAUGUGCAUGUGUACGAUUUUAUGAAGCAACUGCCUCAUCAAACUGAAAUCUCAUGAAAUGAAAUUCAAUGAAAUGUCCUUUAUCAAAAAAUCAAUGGGGGUCGGCGCGGUAUAUCUAGAUUAUAUAGAUCUCAUGAUAUUUUGUUUUUAAUGUCCAAUUUGGUGUAGGACUCAUCAGAAGUGACAACUUGACUAAUUAGGGUUAUCAGUUAAGUACUAUGGAUUUUGUUUCCAUUUAACAAAACAUGGAUUGCAGUUUUUUGGGGGGUUAUUUCCACUUUGUAAAACUCUAUAAUCUAUCCCUGAAAGAACUAUAUAAUCUAGAUAUACCAAAGUUUAUGCUCAAAAUUUUUAUCCAGGAUGUAAUAUGGCAAGCAUAAAUAGGUUUAGUGCAGGCGCAUAAUAUAUAUGAACUAUAAUUUUCUUGGAAGUAUUGUUUUGGCUGUUUUUAAAAUUUAACCCUGGUACAAUUUCCAAAAAAAAAUCUCCAUAAAUUAAGCACAUUUUGAAACUGUUUCUUUAUUAGAAAAAUUCACAUAUUAAUGCAUUAUUACAUCGAAGGGCGCUAUAAAAUGAUGAAAGGCUAAAAACAAUAUUGGGAAAAUAUUAGAACCUCUGUUUCUCUUUCUACUGAGAGACAAACCGCUUUCUAGGGUUAGCCUAAUGCAUAUGAAGUUAUGAACUAGGCUUUCUUCAUGGACAAUUCCGCUCUUUUAAUUCUAGGCAUUCAUGUGUUGUUGCACGCUAAUCUCCUUCGUGUUAGUAAGUAUAUAUUCAUGCAUGCUUUACCAUAAGUGUACUAUGGGUAUCUUGAAGCAAUAACUAACUAAGUGACACUAUUCAACUUGAUUAUCGGCGACAUAUUGGGCUCAACUUAGUGAAGCUAAUUAGUUUGAAUACUCUAACAUCAUUAGUUAAGGCCGCGUUUGGAACACAUGAAUUCGAAGCGUAUGAAUAUACAUUGAUUCCUAAAGCAAACAAAACCACGGGAAAAGUGCAAAACUGUUAUUUGGCUGCCACACAUGAAUAUCACAGAAAUUGUAGACGGGAAGAAAAGAAAACAUGGGGUAGGCCUCAUGUUUGGUUUCUUCCAAAUUUCCUAUGGAAUAACCCAUUCCAUAGAAGUUUCGAAGGAAUAUAGGAUAACAAUUCCUUUGUUCCAAACAACACCAAAGGAAAAUUUCCUAUAGGAAUUCUAACCUCCAAAAUUCCUAUGUUUUUUCUUUGGAAGAUCAUGCUGCUAACCAUGUUGGAUAAAAGUAUUCCUCACCGUAGCCUGCAAUCAUGUACACGCCUAAAACUUGCUUUGACAAGCAGAAUGUUUUGGAUACUAUGUCAUUCUCUUUACGAACCUUUUUACCCAACAAAUAGCCCUCAUUCGGGAGUUGACAGACUUAUUGAGUUAAUAAUGAAGUUCAUGUUUAUUUUUCGAAAUGGAUGAAGUUCAUGUUUGAUUUCUAGACAAGCUUGUCAUGGUGUUCUAGAAGGGAAACGUAUAAACUACAUUAGUUUCAUUUUUAUAGUAAACCCAUUGAUGAAAGAAAUAAAAUAAAGUUGUUGAAGUACAAUUUUGUGUAAUGUGUAUUUAGUAAGUUUGAUGAUCUUGAUACAAAUAAGGAUUAUGUUAUUUUACCAUAUUGAUUGACGUGCAUCCCUUGAAUUAUGUAUUAUAUUUACUAUCCAAUUGAGUUGGUAUAAGUUAUAAAAUUGUUCUAGACCAGAAC